AUGUCUUCUCCAAAACAGGAUGCCAAGAGACCAUUCCGUAUCAUCAUAGUCGGCGGCGGAAUCGCUGGGCUCAGCGCAGCCAUCGCCCUCCGCGGGCCCAACCGGCACAUCACCAUCCUCGAGCAAUCCAGCUUCCUGCGCGAAGUCGGCGCGGCCAUCUCGCUCCAACCCAACGCCUCCAAGAUCCUCGAGCAGCGCUGGGGCGUCGGCGCGGGUACCGACACCACCGAACCAGCAUGCCCGCGCAUCGUCGACCGGGGCUUCCGCAUCUACUCAACCGCCGGCGAGCUGGUCAAGGAAAUCCCGCUGGCGAAAGGCCGGGAUGCAUACGGCGCGGACCGCGUCGUCUACCACCGCCGCGACCUGCACGCGCUGCUGCUGCACGCCGCCACCAGCGCUUCCCGUCCGCACCCGCCCGCGUCGAUCCGGCUGCGCGCGCGCGUCGUGGCUUGCGAUCCGGAGGCGGGCACGGUCACGCUCGCGAGCAAUGGCGACGACGACGGCGAAGGCGACCGCGAGGACGCUGAAGCCACCACCACGACGACGACCACCACCACCCUGACCGCCGACCUCAUCAUCGCCGCCGACGGCAUCCGCAGCGCCCUGCGCGCCAGCGCCCUCGGCCAGGACCCUCCCCCCUCCGCUAUCCCGACAGGCCUCUCAGCGUACCGCUUCAUGGUCCCGAUAUCGCGCUUGCGCGCCGCCGCCCCAGCCUUCACCGCGCGCAUCGACCCUGCCGCGCCGUACACCAGCAUGGUCAUGGGCUGGGACAGGCGGCUCGUCAUGGGGCCGUGCCGCACCUCUCCCUCUGACCCCAACGCCGGGGACUACGCCGUCGUGGCGCUCGUGCCGGACGAGCUGAUGGCCGGGAAUGACGCGGCACCGAGGCAGGGAGCGUCGUGGAAUAGCGAAGGCGAGCUGGAGGCGCUGAGGGAGGCGUAUCGAGACUUUCCGGAGUGGGUGACGGGGAUGUUUGGGUUGGUGGAGGGGGUGAUUGGGCUGUGGCAGUUGAGGGAUUUGGAGCCGUUGGAGAGGUGGUGCAGGGGCAGGGUCGUACUGGUGGGCGAUGCGGCGCAUGCCAUGUUGCCGACCCAGGGGCAGGGGGCGAGCCAGAGCUUGGAGGAUGCGGAGGCGUUGGGGGCGGUGUUUGAGGAUGUGGAGGGGUGGGUUGAGAAGGAGGAGGUGGGGAGGAGGUUGGAGGAGAUGGUGGCGUGUAGGUAUGAGAGGGCGACGCUGAUUCAGGCGUAUAGUCGGCAGGCGGCGAGGCCGGCCACGAAUGGGAAGGACGCGAAGGUUACGCUGACGACCGCCGAGUUCAUGGAUUACAACUGCAAUUACAACGGAGCACGAGACUUCCAGCAGAGGCAGCGUAAUGGGACAACGAUGGCGAUGGUCAAUGGAUGA